AUGGAUUAUCAGAAUCGUGUCGGUUCCAAGUUCGGUGGAGGUGGUGUCGCAGGUGCCUCGGAAACGAAUGUCGAUAGGCGUGAACGGUUGAGGAAGCUUGCCUUGGAAACUAUUGAUCUCGCGAAGGACCCAUAUAUUCUACGCAACCAUCUCGGUUCUCUCGAAUGUCGUCUUUGCCUGACUCUCCACACCAACGAAGGCUCCUACCUCGCUCACACGCAAGGCAAAAAGCACCAAACCAACCUCGCGCGUCGCGCCGCCCGCGAUGCCAAGGACACGCAGUUGAUGAUCGCUCCGACGCAGAGCAACAUCCAAAGAAAAGUUUUCUUGAAGAUUGGACGGCCGGGGUACCGAGUCACCAAGGUCAGAGAUAACGACACGGGGAAGGAGGGUAUGAUGGUGCAAGUCCAUCUGCCGCAAAUCAAGCCUGGAGUCGUCCCUAGAAGACGCUUUAUGAGUGCAUGGGAGCAAAAACGCGAGCCGCCCAACAAAGCAUACCAGUACCUUAUCGUUGCAGCGGAACCAUAUGAGACUAUAGCUUUCCGUAUUCCCGCGCGCGAGAUUGAAGAUGAGGCUGACGACGCUGGCUAUUGGAAUUGGUCGCAUUGGGAUCCUGAUACUAAACAGUACAGCUUCCAAUUCAUGUUCCGUAUGAGUUACUGA